GAAGAGGCGGAGUCUGAGUAAAGAGCACGCGCCUAAUGUUGACGUCAUCCCGCCCGUACUGCGGUUACUGGCGGCGUGGGGCCUGACGUCAUUUGCGCGCGGGUUUGAAAAUACAAAGCGGGGCCGAGGUGGAGCAGCCGGGAGCGUGGCCCCGCGGGGAGAUGGAUGGGGCCGGGGAGGGCGAGGUGUCCCCCGGGCUGUUCGCGGAGACGGAGGCCGUAGCCGCGGGCUGGAUGCUGGAGUUCACCUGCUACGCGCUGUGCCGGCACUUCCGGGAGGGGCGGACGCGGGACUUCGCGCGGAGCCGGGACACGGCGCAGGCUAUUAUUAAUGGACUGUCCAAAAUAGCUACUCAUCAGAGGAAAAUAGUGUACCUGUGUCAGUUUUUGACACGAAUUUCAAAAGGAAAAACACUUGGUUGUCACUUUGAAAGCGAUCAGAGAAUUUCACCUUUGGAAUCUGCUCUGUCAAUUUGGAAAUUGCUUGAAGAAGAGCAAAGCAAACCAGAUAACCUGCAUGAAGAUAUUCAUCGCUUAAUUUUGAUUCAGGCUGUAGCCGUCCACAUAGAGAGAGGAUACUUUAAGGAAGCUACAGAAGUCCUUGAAAGACUAUUUGCAGAAUCGGAAUCAAAUAAGGCUUUAAGAAUGAAGCUGGCCUUAAUAAUUAAUGGGAACAAUCCAGAUCUGCCUUUUCUUCAGAGCUUCAGUUAUAAUCUCUUGAUCAAUAAAAUCAAGUCUUACAUUGAUCUUUUCUUGAAAGAAAACUCAACAAAUUUUCUAAUCAAGGCAGCCACAAAAGAGGUGGAGACUAAAAGAUUGGAAGCAACAAUGUCACACAAUAAACCUGAAAAUACUAUUGAAACAAAUAAUGAAAGUAAUUUGGAAACAGAACAAAGUAAUCUAGAAGAUCAGAGAACUAUUGGAAACGAAUCAUCAGAGAAUGCAAGAGAACAUCUAAAAAAGUCACACAAACGCCUUUAUUCCUUAGCACAGAACACCCUCUGGAAGCUAGAAAACAUGCCUUCUAAUGGGAUAACAAAACACAGGAAAACCAGUUGUCUUCAAAGUCUCAGUGAUUUGCAGAAUAUUGAAAAUGAUGGAAAGUCCCUGUCUCACAGGCAAACUGGCCGAAAGAAGCAGCGAUGGACUUGGGAAGAAGACAGUAGACUGAAGGAUGGGGUAAAGAAGUUUGGAGUGGGAAAUUGGAAUAAAAUUCUGAUUCAUUAUGACUUCAACAACCGAACCAGUGUCAUGUUAAAAGACAGAUGGAGAACUAUGAUCAAGAAAGACAUUGUUUAGUUGGACAGUGAGAAGUAACUUCAACUCUUGCACCACUUUUCCCAUGAGGCUAAUGUUUGGACACCUAUCUAGCUUUUCCCAAUAAUUUUGGUUAUAAAGUAUUGUGAGCAGUUUAAGUUGAUAUAAAAUAGCUUCCUCUGUGUGAAUUCAUUAAUACAGUAAUGUAAGACUAAUGUUUCUCUCUCAAAGAAUGUAUAUACUAUGAAAAGCAAUAAGUGAUAAGAUUAGGAGCUUACAUUAUAUCUUUUUUUUUUCCUUUAGAAUGUUCUAAUAUUUUGAAUUUUUUAAUUCUGCAAAGCACAAGGUACCAUAGCUUGUUAGUUCUGGUAGGAUAAGGUAAAGUCUCAAAACUAGCAUCCUGACAGUGGAACCAGAACAAUAAAAGGUAUACAUCAUCUGUAUAUCCUCUCUUGAGUAUAGAUAUGUAACUUAACAUAAAAGAUGGCAUUUAUCUAUAUAAAGUGGAUGUUUUCACUCAUGAAAUGUCAAUGUUUUACUUAAUUUGUAAAAUACUAAUUGUGUAAUAUUAAAGAUGUAAAUAGAAUGUAAAAGGUAAACUGUAUUUGUAGCCUUAUAAAGAGAUGCAUCUUUUCCAAAGCAUUUAGUGAUACACACAAGCCUUUAUUGUGUGUGUGUUCCUCAAAGAGAAUCAGAUUAAGGUA